AUGGAAGUGAUUGAGGAAGUCGAAAUCGUGAACUCUGAGAAUUAUCACGCGAAUCAUGAAAACCAGCAGAAUCAGAAUAUUGAGAACAUGGCAAAUGAAAGAAGCAGCAUGGAUGAUCUGCAUUCAUGUGCGUUAAAAACCAAUUCACCAGAUCAAAUUCGCAGCAAUCUCGACGCCAAUCCCUCCCCAUCCAAUUCAAGCAAUAACCCUCCAUUACCAAACAGCGAAUACGCAAAAGAUUGCGAGGACAGCUCAUCACUUGUUGAAGCUUCACUUUCGAAAUUGGCACUAGACGAAAUUGCAAGUCCCCUUGAGACCAGCACGCGUGAGCUCUCCCAACAAGAUGAUCUUGAUAAGAACACUCUCAACACGCCAACUGCGGAGGAAUCGGAGUUUCGAAAGCCAGCAGACUUCAGCAAUACUUGCAGUACGCUCCGUACUCCCGUCAGUAGCCUACCUUCAGUAAGCAAUAACAAUUCGCUGAACUCAAGUGCGCUUGGAAGCCCUCAUCUUCCGAAUCCGCCUCAAAUAAAUGCCAGUUCAAAGUUGAAUCCAGAUAGUUUGCCAUUUUGUCCACAGAUGCUACCUCCUCAUCUUGCCCAGCAACAAGCGCUUUAUCAGCAGCAGCUUAUACAGGCUUUACAAAUGCAGAACCAUUUUCAAGGGCAGUUUCGAGGGCAAGUCCAGGGUUUUCCACAGCGACUUCCGCCUCAGCUUAUUGCUCAGAUACCCCAACAACAUAUUCCUCCUCAUGCGGCGCGGCCUGGGCCUUCCAACGGACAUGAAAUGGGUGGAAAUUCAGAUCCUCGAGAAUCAAGCCAUAUUCCACCGCCGCCUCUCCGACUUUGGAAUAGCCCAAACACUCAAGGUCCCCCUGUUCUUCCUCAUGGAUUCCCGAGCGCGCAGCAUCCAGACCCCCAAUUCCCUCCUCCUCACUCUCGAAACGGACCACAGUCUAACCCAAACUCAAGUAGGCAACAGUUUCAGCGGCCAAUUCCGGACAUUCCACCGCCUCUGCCGACCCAAGACCAGCUCGAUCAAAUGCAUCAUCAGAUGCACAAACGGCCAAACAAGCAACUACAUCCGCUUAAUCCACCCCAUCAUCAAAUGCAUCCCGAUAACCCACCGCACGAUCCAAGCAGUCGACUUUUAGUGCAGCGAGAAGAGCGAGACUCUUCCUAUCAAUCAAAUCACCAGCGCCAAAGCUCAGAUGAGGAUCAUCAAAGAGCCAUAGAAAGUAAUCAGAAAUACGAAGCUCUUUUCAAAGCUCUCGGAGAGGCGAGCCAAAAGCACAAUCAGCAAUCAGAAAUUGGUCAACAUCAACAUCAGCCUUCUUCGAAACCAGAUCAACAGCUCGCUGACGAUUGUCCUUGGCAACGAAGAAGUUCAAAUCAAAGUUCUAGUCAGUCACAGCAAAAACAUCAACCUUUUCAAAAUCCUCCAGAUCAGAAAAUGCAGCUCCCACCGCCUCCGAUCCAAGAGCGAGUCAUUCCACAAGUUCCCGGACCUUGCGAUCCUGAAGACCUAAUCGACGGUGUCCUCUUUUCGUCGAAUUAUCUCGGAUCAACCCAGCUUAAAGUCGAUAAGAAUUCGACGAAAACCGCUAGAAUGAUGCAAGCGCAAGAGGCAAUGACCAGGGUCAAAGCCCCUGCAGGAGAAAGCCAGCCAAGUGUAGAAGUAGAUCUCUUCGCGUCAACAAGCAAAAUCAAGAUUUUGAACGCGAAAACUCAAGAAGUAAUCAUGGAACAUCCGUUGAGGAGUAUUAGCUACAUAGCCGAUAUCGGCGACAUACUCGUCCUCAUUGCCAAGCGAAAAGAUGUGGAAGAAAGCGAACUCCAUCGCCCUGUAUCUGACAGCGGAAAACCUCAGCAGCGUGUUGUCUGUCACGUGUUACAGUCUGCCGAGGCCGAGAUGAUGUCUUCUGCACUUGGACAGUGUUUUCAACUUGCAUUUCAACUUUUCCUGCAAAUUAAUGGCAUCCCGCCACCGAGCGAUACAGAAGCAGUUCAGGAACUAGCGGAAGUUUAUCAUGAUGACUUGGUCCACUAUUCAAAGAGAGAAAACGCGAAAGAAAUCUGGAUUGAAAAGAAACGCGGUGAAUCUUUAGGCGUUGCUCUCGUCGAAUCUGGAUGGGGAUCAAUUCUGCCAACGGUUAUUCUAGCAAAUAUUCAGCACUCAUCCCCGGCGGAACGAAGCGGCAAGCUGAACAUUGGUGAUCAAAUUAUGUCCGUGAAUGGCACCAGUCUUGUUGGUCUUCCACUCAGUAGUGUUCAUCAAGUGAUAAAGGGUGUCAAACCCGAACGCUGCGUGCGAUUGAACAUGGUCUCCUGUCCUCCAGUGGUAACAGUCAUCAUCAAGCGACCAGAUUUGCGCCACCAACUCGGUUUUUCUGUUCAAAACGGAAUCAUUUGCUCGUUAAUGCGCGGUGGAAUCGCGGAAAAGGGAGGAGUACGAGUUGGACACAGAAUUAUUGAAAUUAAUGACGAGUCGGUGGUAGCAACGCAACACGACAAAAUAGUCCGACUACUCGUCACAUCCGUGGGCGAAAUCCACAUGAAAACGAUGCCCGCCGCCAUGUUCCGCCUCCUCACGGGUCAAGAUCAACCCGUCUAUUUAUGA